AGUUUUUGGCUUCCUUUUGUUGUGCUUCGAGCUGCUUACAGCGCCAUUGCGGACUGGGUGAUAUACCAUCAGACGGCUCAUCAGACCGAGCAGCAAGUCAUUUUAGACUGGAGACUGAGGCUCUCACAAGAAACACUUCAGGUCGCUCCUCCACCUGCAGAUCUCCACCCUCGAUUUAGUUGUGUCAUUCCCACACCUCUGGAUACCUCAAGACACCCGUUACCCGACUAUUUCCAAGCCCGACCAUGCCCAAAGACGCAACCGCACCGAUUGUAGAAACCGACACGCAGAACGUAUUGAUUCCCGGUGUCGACGAUGACUCGGUUUUCGCAGCAGACGAAGAGGCAACAUUCAACUCGCAGUCCAGCCGAAAGAAGCGUACCACAGUCUAUGAGAGCUCUGCUGCUGAAAAAUCAAGGAUCCGUAUGUUCCGCUUCUUUGUUGUUGGCAUGUUGCUCAUGACCACUGUUGUGACUGUCACUGCCUACUAUUUUUUGGAUCGAGAGGAGAACAGGAACUUUGAGACAGCGUACACACAAUUUGCUAGGACACUCAUUGAUUCUGCCUUGGAACAGCAAAAGAGCUUGAGGGAUUCCAUGGCAACUCUGUCUAAUGCAGUUACUGCUCAUGCCCAAACAAACAACCUGGAGUGGCCUUAUGUGGUUCUGCCCCUCUUUGAGUCAUUUGCCAUCAAUUACUUCAAACAUAGUGCUAGUGAAUUUGUUGGAAUCAAUAACGUGGUGAUGCACGAUGAUCGAGAUGACUAUAUCAACUGGACUACUGCCCACUACAAGGACUGGAUUGAAGAAUCACACAUCAUUCGAUAUGGCAACACUGACUUGCUGGACACUGAUCCUACACGGUACAACCAGUUCAUUAGCAAGAACUCCCCCGAUGGGGUAGUCCCUGAUGAUGUUCGAGAAUAUUAUUCCCCUCGUGUCUCUCAGUCUCCUCCAAUGAGGGGCUAUGGUCCUACAAUGAACCUCAACAUUGGCAGCAUUGGAACUAAUGGCCAAGUCACAGAGGGAGUCAUCAAGCUCCAAUAUGAAACUCUUGUCACACCACUCAAACCCUUCAAUGCAUUACCUGAAGAGGAGCACCAGAACUUCCACACAGACUCCAACGCUGACAACCCUCACAGUUUCAUGUACCAUCCAGUCUACAAAAAUGUCAUGGAUCCCAGUAGUGGUGUUGUUGCUACAAUUACAUCAUCCGUUGCAUGGGAUGCCUCCAUGCAGGAUUUGUUGCCGGACACUGUGAGAGGGAUUCUCUGUGUUGUGGAAAACACAUGUGGCCAGGUCUUUACUUAUGAGAUCAAUGGCAAGGAUGCCAACUUCCGUGGCAAUGCUGAUACACACAACCCCAAAUAUGAUCACCUGGACGUUAUGGUGGAUCUGUCACUUCAUUCCCAUCCAAAUUUCACCACCACCCCAGGUCAUUGCCAGUAUUCCAUGCAUGUGUACCCAACAGAGACUUUUGAGGAUGACUACACCACUGCCAUGCCAAGUACCUUUGCAGCUGUAGUUGUGGUGUCGUUCAUUACUGUUGCCAUGGUGUUCCUGGUCUAUGAUUGUUUUGUCAAAAGAAGGAACAAGGAAUUGGUUAGAACUGCUACCCGAACUGACAAAUUGGUAUCCUCUCUCUUUCCUGGAGAUAUCAAAUCAAAGCUUCUGGAGCAGCAGGAUCGAAAGGGCAGCACUUUCUGGAAUACAGGAGGAGAAAGGAACCCCCAGUCAGAUAUCAAUGAUCGGUUGGCGCAGGUAUACCCUGAAACAACCAUCUUUUUUGCUGACCUUGCUGGCUUCACAAAGUGGUCUUCAGCUAGGCCCCCAGCAGAGGUCUUUGAACUUCUGGAGACCUUGUAUAAGGCUUUUGAUGGAGUGGCAAGAAGGAGAGCAGUUUUCAAGGUAGAAACGAUUGGAGAUUGCUAUGUGGCUGCCACAGGAAUCCCAGAUCCACAACAAUAUCAUGCAAGUAUUAUGGUACGAUUUGCCACAGACUGCAUGGCUCAAAUGAAGACUUUGACCACUGAAUUGGCAGAGUCUCUGGGCCCAGACACGACUGCGUUGCAGAUGAGAGUUGGCAUGCACUCUGGCCCUGUGACAGGUGGGGUCCUCCGUGGCAGCAAGAGCCGUUUCCAGCUCUUUGGAGAUAGUAUGAACACUGCUAGCCGGAUGGAAAGUAAUGGUGUCCCAGGGCGGAUUCAUGUUUCGCAAUCCACUGCAGAUUUGUUGGUGGCACAAGGAAAGAGCGAAUGGCUGACCCCAAGAGAAGACAAAAUUGUGGCCAAAGGCAAGGGAGAGAUGCAGACAUAUUUUGUUGCCAUAACAGACAACGCAGCAACAACAGUAUCCUCACUUGGAGGAUUCUCAAAUGAAUCAUCGGACGACGACACAACCGGUUCCUCGGGAGAAGCCGGCAACCCGCCUCGGAAACCUAGGGUGUCGUUUGAAGAAGGCAAGUAGGCUCUCGUCGAGGAGGAGCGUAUCAGACUCGGCUCGUCACAGCAAGUGGCUGCCGGGGGCAAGGAUGCAUUAUCAGUGUGUAUAAUAACGGAAACAAAUCUAAAGCAAGGCUCGCAGUUGAUGAGGACAGAGUUUGGCGGCACCCCGCAAGCUGCACACAGGCGCAACCAACAGUGUACCAGGGGCGGCAGGUUAAUCUCUGUGUGUGUGCCUCUAGCUAUGAUCCCAUUUGGUUUUGUUUCCAGUUGUCCGCCUACGUAGAAAUCAGCUAAGACGCAGCCGCGUUGCUUGCAAGCAAUGACUUCAAUCCUUUCAUCCUCCGUUGCGCCCCCUUCACUACAACAACGUAAACAACUAACUACCUGGUACCUGGUACUGGCCAACGAACGAAUGGGUUGCCAAACGACAGGAUUGGGCCUGUUCUUGCAGUGAGGUUGUUUUGUGCCGUUGGGGAAACAUGAGACCGUGUGCUUUUUGGGCCCUGAACUGCAGUUGUUUUGAGACUCGGCUUGCUGGACCCUUUGAGGGGAACAAUAGUUCCACUUUCGAAACAAUGGUGUCAACCAGCCAGUGGCCAAGGAAGCAAGUACCAUAAUAUCAGCAUUGAACGUCUUCCAACAUCAAAUGGUCAGGGAAGAAGAAACAAGAAGAGAAGGCAGAAUGCAUGGUUCGAUUCUGAAUUCCGAAGUACCGCCGGUACGAGAAUGGCACCGCUUCCUGCUUUGGAAAGACCAUCAACUCUCGAGAUAGGUUCAUCACACACAGACCAUCCAUCCAUAGGCCAUAGGCGGCACACAUUCGGGCCUCAAUCACCAGGAACUGUCCUGAAAAGGAAGCAUCGCAUGGCCGUUGGUUUGGCCAUUGCUGGACCAUUGGCACCAAGACUGCUUCGUCCCCGUAUCGAACGAACUGAGCACCUAACAAGCUAUUGCUGUUGCCUCGUAUCAAGCUGAUCAAGCUGUAUCAGCAGUGUUGCAGUGCAGUUCUAUUCGUGCUGCAUCACCCUUUGGCAACCGAUGCUGCCCCUUUGUGCACCCUUUCUAGUACCCCCAGCAACCAGAGCUCCCCCAGCCACAUCUGCGAGAGCAAAAAGCGAUCGGCGAGAAUUGUCUUGGACGCCUUGGAUCUUGGAUGCUGGUCCUCGUUCGUUGUAUUGGACCGCAGCGUGCUUUCUGGGCCCCAAACUGCAGAGAUUUUGAGACAACUUGCUUUCACGGCAGGACCAUUUGAGGGGAACUGGAAACUUGUCAACCAGCCAGUGGCCAAACAAGUAAGUACCGGCCAUUGGACUUCUUCCAACACCAAAAUUUGAUAGCCAAAUUCCAGGGUCCAGGAGGUAUGGAAGCCGCAGAAACAAGAGAGAAAGAAGGCAUGAUUUCAUUUCGAAGCACUGCCGAUACGACGAUGACACCGCUGCCAGCUACUGGGAAGACCAGCUGCUGCUUUCACUCCCAUCAAUUGAGUCUUCAUGCAUCGAAACCGAACAAUGAACAAACCAUCCAUAGGCCAUAGGUGACACGGAACCAUCCAUCCAUCGGCAUACCGGUAGGCGGGAAUACUAACUACUCGAGUAGGUGGAUAUAUGGGCGUAGGGGUGGCCAUUUAUUAGUUUGGCUGCUGGCACAAAGACUGCAUCGUCCCCGUAUCGCCUUAUCGAACUGAACCCCCAAUCACAAGCUGUACCACUACCGGUAGCUGGCUGCCUCUCCCUUGAUCCCUUGACACUCCUUGAGAGCUUGGAGAGCUCCUCUAUUGGCAUGGACGAAUGACAGUCAUAGACAAUGGAGAGCCCCUGAAACGCACGCGGUUGUAUUAUACGUAUAACAUUUUCACUAUGUAUUCUACAGAUCAUACGAAUUACACAUAUAACCUUUUUAAUAUGUAUUAGACAAGUCAUAC